AUGGAAGCCGUUGGCGCUGCUUCCGUCAUCCUCGGAAUCGCAACAGCCGGUUUGCAAUGUUCCUUGAAGCUCAUGACUUUUGCGGGACAGGUCAAGAUAGCGCCAGAGCAAAUUGGCAUCGUCGCCGAAGAUGUAUCGUUAAUUGCCAACAUCCUGAAGCAACUGGGCGAAUUGGUGAAGCAGAAUAUAGAGUACAAAGGGGUAUCAGACGAUAAUGGCUACAGCAAUACCAAUAAGAAUAUUGCAUGGGUACACGAUAUCGAUACGACAAUUUCAAAAAAAAGCAUAUUUAUUGCACCUGGGCUAGAAAAAGUCAUUGGCCUAGCAAGACAAGGAGAAACGAUCUUCGAGUUGCUAAACCAGUCCUUGCACAAAGCCAGCCAGCAGCUGCAUGAAAACUCCGAAACGUCGGAUAAGGUCAAGAGCGCGGAGACAUUUGAAUUGCCGGUUCUCUUCCCGGAGAUCGUCACCAUGCAUUUUGAGCUUAGGAAUAUCAAGGGGAAAUUGAUCUUGAUGCUUCAGGUCGCUAUGCUGGUCUAUUCGAGGAGUAUGUUGGAGUCAAAUGGUGAAAGCCAGCCUAGCACGGAUAUUGUUGCCUUCUCUAGAGAGGAGCAGGAGUUGCUGGUUCAGUCUAUUGUUGCAGCCCAGGAAUCCCAGAUAGGCAGUCCUGGAAAGGAAGAUACGGAAGCCUCCAAUGUUGAAUCCGUUAGAGAAUCAUUGGAAGAAGAGCGACCACCAUUGUCUCAAUAUUUGAGGGCCUCCAAGAGAAUUCUGCCAUCUGUGCAUACUGAAUUGAAUGGUACGGCAGAUCAUGCGGGAAAAAUACCACUCUCGAGACAACCAACACGAUCUGCGUCCGAGAUAUUUGACCAACCGCCCUUGCAUGUUUUCAAGAUCUAUCUUGUCUCCCCAAGAGUAUCUAUUACAGACCGACAACUUCACAUAUCCUACGAUGCUCGCAUUAUCAAUCUCCAGAAUCUGACGAUCGAAUCGCAGCUCCAAGAGUGGAAGAGGGCUUCAAAUAAGACGGUUCUGGACCAGCUGGCUGCUCUGCAGAACAAUGAAUUUGAAGCACUAGAUGCCACGAGAAACAGCAGUGACGGGACCAUUCCGGAUGAAGGAAUACUCGAGUGGAUCCAAUUCGGCGAUUACCGUACUCUUGUUCAAGGUAUUGAGACUUCCAGGGCCAGGACCCUAACAAUAAUCAUGAGCAAGGUGCCUCAACCAGCCCCGCAAUUGAAAGAGGAGACAAAGAAGUCAGAAAUAGAAGAGGGAGCAAAAGAUGAGUCACAGAAAGGUGCACGGACAACUUGGAUUAAAGUUCAUAAGAAGCACCUUUCUCCAGAAACACUAAUUUCAUUUGGCUUACCGUGGGACUGGGACCAGAGUGAUCCCCACUACCUCAUAAUCAAGACUUGGAUCACUGAGGAUUUUCAAGAAGAGCUAUUUGCUCAUACCCGACGGUUGCGUCAUACACGACGGCCGCGAGAGGAUAAUAAGACUCAAGUGACGACUCAAGUAACUAAAGUCACGCCAAAGGCCGAGGCUAUUGACCCCAAGGCGAAGGUAAACGACCCAAAGAAAGAUAGAAUCAUCUAUGUUCGCAAAAAGACUUCGAAACGACGAAGCCGCAAAAAGUCCCUGCCACAACAGAACAGUGGAUUCAUGUCGUGGAUCAGACAGAGUAUACCCUUUUUUAGGCAACGAAAGCAAGACCGAAAGCAAGAGCAGGGGGAUACGGAACAGAAAUCAAACAACAAAGCUCAGGCAGGCAAAAUUGAAAGUUCCAAUCCUUCCAAUCGGACGGCGGUGGGUGAAGAGAGGGAAGAAAUUAGUGGGAAUAUUGAAGAAGAGGAGCAAGAAGUGGGUCAACAGGCCGAAGAAGAACCAGAAGUGGGCGAAGAGGUUGAGGCCUUAUCAGAGAGCGAUGAUGCAGAAGACAUUGUUGAUGAUAUAUUGACCAGACAUAGUAUAUAA